UGAUCAUUUAGAAGGUUACUUUAAUAUUGUUUUCAAAUAAAACUAUUAUGUAUUUAAUACUUCGUAAAAUUCUGAAAUCUAAAAAUUAUAACUGAUUUCAAUAUAACUAGUCAUUAACUUUUGAAUUGCAGUAAUUAGUUUUUUACAAUCGAUUAACUUUUUAUUAUUUUUUAACUAAAUUACCAAAGAUGCACCGUAAUUUACCACAAAACAAAGAAGCAUUACUUAAAUCCUACACGACUCGGCUUAAAGAAGAUGUUAAAAGUAUGUUAGAAAAUUUUGAAGAAAUAAUAAAACUGGCUAAAGGUGAAAAUGAAUCCCAACUUAACAGAAUGACACAAAUUGAACAGGACACUUUUGAAAUGCAAGUUAGAGCUGCAAAUAUUGUUAGGGCAGGAGAGUCACUGAUGAAAUUAGUUUCAGAUAUAAAACAAUAUUUAAUUUUGAAUGAUUUCCCAUCUGUAAAUGAAGCUAUAACUCAAAAUUCAAAGUUGUUUCGUACCAAACAGCAAGAAUGUGAUCAAAAAUUGAUGUCACUUCGUGAUGACAUAGCAGCUGACCUUUAUGAUUUAGAAGAUGAAUAUUUCACAAGCAUUUAUAAAUAAUAUUUUUAAGGUUUUUUUAAAUAUUCUAUAGCAAUAAUAAUCAUAUAUUUUUAAAUAUUAUAAGCAUUAGACAAUGUCAUUGUGUGUAUGGACAUUUUCUAUAGUAAUAAAAGAAGGUAUUCAAUAACAAUAA